CCAGAAACUUCCGGUAGGAGGUAAACAAGCAAUAUACAUGUCAGUUUUUUUGUCUUUUGUUUCCUCAAGUAGUGAAUAAAUCAUUCAAAAUGCUUUCGAAUCUUAUGAAAGUUCACCAUGCCAAGCAAACGGCCCGGAAAGAAAGACAAGAGAAGAAGAAAAGGGAGGCUAUCAUAUCGGCUACUGCCUUGACGCAUGCCUUAGUAGACCACCUUAAUGCAGGUGUGGCAAAUGCGUAUGUGAACCAGAAGAAGUUAGACACGGAGACCAAGAUACUGCAGGCAAAUGCGACCCAGUUCUCCAAACAGACGGCGCAGUGGCUGAAACUUGUGGAGGAUUUUAAUACGGCAUUGAAGGAAAUAGGUGAUGUAGAAAACUGGGCCAAAAGUAUCGAGACUGACAUGAAGACGAUAUCCAGUGCUUUGGAAUACACCUACAAGAGAAGUGAGGGAUGAUGCUGGAUUCAAACUUCUUCUUCUUAUUGUGCAAUAUAUGUACCAUUGUGUAUAUAAUUGAUCCUAAUCUAAGGAGUAAAAUCUAAGUGUUUUUAUUGGACUAUAGCAUGAAAUGAAUUUAUACAUUUAAAUCACUGAGGUCUGUUGGAAACCAGUCCAGGCAUUUUUCUGUUCAUUUUUGGAACACAUUUUACAGGUAAAUUUGGCAAAAAUAAUCGCUAAAAUCAUUGUAUUGGGAAAUAUUUAAAAUUACAAAAGUAAAUUUAAAUACAAAUAAAGAUUUUUGUAUAUUUAAAUUUGAUGCCUAGAAAAUAUGCCUGCUUUGGACCUCCACCUUGUGAACUGACUUAUCACGUACAAGAAUAUCUGUUUGAUAAAUGCUAUUUUAACUCGAGUGCGCCGCCGCCAAAAUGUAACACUGUCACCAAAUGAUACAACAUACAAAGUAACAGCUCUUGAAAUUUAAGUCAAAUAUUGAAUUUGAACAAACUGAAUCUUACUUGUAAUUUAACUAGACAUUUAAAUUGAAAAAACUUUUUAUUUUGCUUUUUUUAUUGUGAUUUAUUAUUUGGGUACAAGAGUUGCUACGCUCUCCCUCAAAUUUCAGUGGGAUCAGCUACUCAUUAUCAGUCCUAUGCAUGUAUAAAACAAUACGAAGGUAUUUUCCUGUGCUAAAUGCAAAAAAUGUAUAUUUAAGACAAUUACAACUACAUUAAAGUACAGUUCAAAUAUUGUUCUGAGAAAGAAAACUGAUCGACUUGUUAAUAGUUAUUGCUUCAUGUUGUUUCAUAUAUAUGUCCUUGGCAGUAAUGUUUGUUUACUUUUGAAACUUGUUAAAAUGUAAUUGUGCUGAUAAUGCCAUACAGUAAUAUAUAUAAAUAUAUAAUGUCAAAUGA